CAGCAACUCACUAACUCUAACCAUGACCCUCCCCUGGAAACGCCUCAUCCGCUUCCAAAGCACAGACGGCCGGAUCCUCCGCGGCGAACCACUUGUCGGCGCAGACGUCGACAUUGGAUUCAUCACUGCGGCCGAUAAAGUGCAAGCGCGCGUCCUCGCCGGAGACGACAUCUACGAUACGACGGGCAAGACGAAGCUUACAGACGAGGUCGUUGGUGUCAAGACGGUUCUGGGCCCGCUCGCUCAGGGCGAUGUUCCGAUUCUAAGAUGCGUGGGGCUGAAUUAUGCGAAGCACAUUCGCGAAGCCGGGCGCAAGCCGCCUCCAUUCCCCUUCAUCUUCUUCAAGCCCAAUACGACGAUCCACGACCACGGCGCCCCGGUGGUGAUUCCGAGGAUUGCACAGGAUGAUCAAGCGGAUUAUGAAGGCGAGCUCUGCAUGAUCCUCGGCCAAGACGCAAAGGACAUCCCCGUUUCCGAAGCCCUCUCCUACGUCGCCGCAUACACAGUCGGAAACGACAUCUCGUCGCGCAAGCUGCAGCGCGACCCCGCGUUCGCCGGCGUCGUCCCACAGUGGGGGUUCUCCAAGGGGUUCGACACCUACGCGCCAUUAGGCCCAUGCCUUGUCGCUGCGUCGGAGAUAGCCGAUCCGAAGCAACUGCACCUCCGCACAACGGUCAACAGCGAUGUGAGGCAAGACGAGAGCGUCGAGGAUUUGCUCUUCGACUGCGCGUAUCUGGUCUCGUACCUGUCGCAGGGCACGACGUUGCAGAAGGGGAGUGUGAUCAUGACGGGGACGCCUGGGGGCGUUGGCGCUGGUUUGAAGCCGCCAAAGUACCUCGUGCCUGGAACGCAGAUGGAUGUUUGGAUCUCUAGGAUUGGGACGUUGAGGAACGGCGUGGUCUUUGCGUGAAUUGCAUGGCGUACCGGAACAGACGAGAAAUGCAAUAUAUAGACCUGUUAGUAAUGGACCUGGCAUGUAUAUGACUUUUCAGGCGUCGUGAAGGAGUGGAGGAAAACUCUGGCCCAGGAAACUGGUGACAAUUCCAUGAUUAUAAGUCAAGGCCUUUUAGAAGUUGGAAUAACAGGCGUAUUUCACGUUGCGUGCCUGGAUAGAUUACGAGU